AAUCCGUAUAGUUUUAAAUAACGCGCUGCGCCGUUCGUGAUCUCGCGAUCGUGCGCCCUUGCCACCACCCGCCGCCUUGCUCGCUCACUCGACGCCCACGCCAUCCGCGCGAAGGAACCACUCUGCCCCCGCGGGCGAGCCACCACCACUGUCAGCCUCCGUCAACCGCCACCGCUUCCUGCACACACUCCGACAUCCGGCCGUGGCCAAUCUCCAGCAACGCGCGCUGUCCGCAGUCAACCUGCAUCGGGCAUGAAUUCUCUCUACCACUCCCCUGCUCCUGUCACCGCAAGCGUCACUAAUGCCACCGCCUUAUCCGCUCGAUGUUUCAUCUAUUGUCACCGUCGGAGGCUCAAGCAUGCAGUCCAAGAUCACAUAUUGCCUUCUUUUGUUGCCCGUCCGCUUUCUCCCGUGAUGUCCGGCGUAGUCAGGGUCAGGGCGCAAAUGGAGACGGAGGUCUCUUCUUCUUUGUCGUGUGGAGGACAAAAGCGAGCAUUGAUAUCAUUGUCAAAUAAGCGAGAUUUAGCUUUUCUUGGUCGUGGACUCCAAGGUUUAGGGUAUGCUAUUGUCUCAACUGGUGGAACAUCAUCUGCUUUAGAAGAAGCUGGUAUCUCUGUGACUAAAGUUGAAGAGAUCACCCAUUUCCCAGAGAUGCUGGAUGGUUGUGCGACAACUUUACAACUGAAAAUACAUGGUGGUAUUCUUGCUUGUAGAGAUCAUAGUGACCAUAUGGAUUCUUUAAGCAGGCAUGGCAUUGGUACAUUUGAUAUAUUGGUGGUGAACUUGUACAAUUUUGAGGAUGGAAUUGAGAAUAUUAACAGUGAUGGCCAUACCUUGAUUUGUGAUGCAGUUAAGAAUCACACAAAUGCCUUGGUUGUCGUUGACCAUGAUGACUAUCCUGCUGUCUUAGACUUUCUGAAAGGAAAACAAGAUGACCAAAACUUUCGUGAUAAAUUGGCAUUGAAGGCUUUUCGACAUGUUGCAUCUUAUGAAUCAGCAAUAUUAGAGUGGCGGUGGAAGCAAACAGAGAAUGGAUAUAAGUUUCCUCCCAGUCUCAUGAUGCCCCUUUCACUAAAAUCCUCCCUUAGAUGCGGCGAAAAUCCUCAUCAGAAAGCUGCGUUGUACAUUGAUAAGAGUAUAUCUCUAGCCAAUGCAGGUGGCAUUGCCAAUGCUAUACAACAUCAUGGGAAGGAAAUGUCAUACAACAAUUACUUGGAUGCAGAGGCUGCUUGGAAUUGUGUUUCAGAAUUCAAGAACCCUACUUGUGUGACUGUCAAGCACACAAAUCCUUGUGGGGUAGCAUCCCGGCAAGAUAUUCUCGAAGCAUACAGAUUGGCUGUAAAGGCUGAUCCUGUCAGUGCUUAUGGCAGCAUUGUUGCUUUCAACACAACGAUGAAUGAGGACCUCGCGAAGGAGCUCAGGGAAUACAUGAAUCCAAUAAACACUGCUAAGUCAAUGUUUUAUGAGAUUGUAGUUGCACCUGGAUACACUGAAAAAGGACUUGAAAUCCUUAAAGGGAAGUCUAAGGAUUUGAGGAUUCUUGAGGUGAAGAAAAGUGAAAAAGGGGUUGUCUCAUUUAGACGGAUUAGUGGUGGCUGGUUAGUCCAGGAGUCUGAUGACUUAACACCAGAUGAUAUCAAAUUCUCAGUGAUGUCUGAAAGAGUUCCGGAGGAGACUGAGCUUCAUGAUGCCGAGUUUGCUUGGCUUUGUGUCAAACAUGUAAAGAGUAAUGCCAUUGUAAUAGCUAAGAAUAAUUGCAUGUUGGGAAUGGGUAGCGGACAGCCGAAUAGGCGGGAAAGCCUGAGGAUUGCCUUUAGAAAGGCUGGAGAAGCGGCAAAAGGGGCUGCAUUGGCUAGUGACGCUUUCUUUCCUUUUGCUCUGAAUGAUGCAGUUGAAGAGGCAUGCAAGAAUGGCAUUGGAGUGAUUGCACAACCUGGAGGGAGUAAAAGAGAUGGAGAAGCCGUGGACUGUUGCAAUAAAUAUGGAGUUUCUCUUCUCUUCACCGGUGUCCGACAUUUCAGGCACUGAGGAAAGGAAGACUUUAACCGCUCGUCGAAGUUAAUAAAUAAUGAAUAAUGGCGAAUCAAACUUAUAUUCUUUCAAAACUGGGACGCUUAGCUGAUUAAAAGACUUCGUUUUUCUAAGUUAUCCUGUAUUGAUGGUAUAAUUCUGUAUUGAGUUGUCCCUUAUCAUUCA